UCUACAGUAAAUAUUUCUUUGCCGCCUGACCUUCACUGAGCGGAAUGAUGUAUGGGCUCUUUGACAACGGAAGGCUGUUUCCUCACUUCGGCAAAGAAACCUUUGUUCUCUCACAUUUAUCAAUCUCCUAAAAUCCGAUAUGAGAGCUUUCACAAAUUAUGAUUUUUCAAUUAAACCUUUUUAGUGUGGUGGUGUUCAACGUACGCAGGCAUUAUUCAGUGUGGGGGUUUCAUUCUCUAAUUGGGUUUUAUUUUUAUGCCCAAUGAUCAGUGUGCUCAUAUAAGGGCCACUGCUGUCUGAGUCACACCGUGCCUUGUGUGUAUGUGUGUGUGUGUGUGUGUGUGUGUCACUGGGCAAAGUUCAUUUUGCUAAUAUUUAACCAGAUUUUUUUGGGUGAUGUAGUGGAGCCUCACACAUAUAGAAGUAGCGUAUUAUUGGAAUAUAUUUAGCCUGUGCGAUUCUGUCUGCUGUUCCACAAUGACAAUGAGGUCCCCUCUGCAGUGAUUAAUGGAUUUCCUCCAUUGAGAUGCAUAAUUAUGGACAUUUUUGUUCUGCUGGUGGUUCUUCUGUUGUGCAGCACUCAAGUUUCCACGCAACUAGAGCUGUCGCCCAUCAGCUUGACUGUGCUUUGUGGGGACGAGGCCCGCUUUACCUGCAUUGCCCAGAGUGCAAAGUGGGAUGUGAUGCUGUGGGAGCUGAACAGCACAGUGGUGGUCACCAUCUCCAGAAUUCACGGUGUGCUUUCCUCUCCAAUUCCCAAUGUGACUGCAGUGGAAAGCCAGAAUGGAGAUGGUUGGGAGUUUGUUCUCAAGAGUGUGAAGAGGCUCCACGAGGGCCAAGUGAGCUGUAACCUCGAGGGCAACGACAAGAAAACAGCAAGUCUCUUCGUUCAAGAAACAGGCACUGUGACAGUCCUUGGAGGCAACGCAAUAGCUUUGAAAGGGCAAUUGGUCCAGUUUGAGUGUGAUGCCGUGGGAUGGUACCCCGAACCUUCUUUGCAUUGGAAAGUCAAUGGUAAAAAGUUGAGCCAGAGUGAAUACAACCUCAGCAGUGAACAGAGGGGGAAGAGCGUCUUCACUGUGAGCAGUAACCUCAGCAUGACUGCGAAAAAGAGCUCAUGUGUUGACUGUCUGGUCUCAGUAUCCGCCCUGCCCGCGCCACUGAUGAGCAGCAUUCGUCUGACAGUAGUUGCCGAGGUGGUGCAGGAUGAAGAUGACUGCACAGUCCCAUUGGCGGUAAUGUCCUCCCUCGCCGUGCUUCUCCUGCUUCUCCUGCUCUGCAUCUGCACUGUCCUCUGGUACAGAAAAAGGAGACAAGCAAAGAGAAGCUCACAGGACACCAUAAGGUGUGAGGAACGGAACAAUGGCCAGGGUUUGCCUGCUGGUGGCAGGAUCAAUUUGGGAUUUAUGAGUGAGGCCCCAACAGAUGCUGUUUACAAAGAGAUAAUCAAGGGAAUUCAUAGCAAGAAGGAUUUGGUCAGCAUUGAGAAGGUCCCUGAUGUUGUAACAUCUAGCAGCCUGUGUUUACACAGCGAUGGUCACGUCCAAGUCGACCUUUCAGAGGGCAGCUCGAAGAACAUCCGGAGAGUUACGACAGUUUAAACACAUUUAAUGUGUGGUGUGAAUGUGAUUGCAAAGUAUUUUUGCCAAGACGUUCAACUUUUUGUAAAGCCACUUUCUCAGUGUAAGAGUUCUUAAUUACAAUGGAACUUCUCGUGGCGAAGCCUCUACUGCUAAAAAAAAUUAAAUAAAGGGAACGCUUGAAAAAUGGAACUACAAGUGUUCCCUUUAUUUUAUUGAGCAGUUUAUUUGUCUCAGUAUGCUGGUUGACCACUAAUGAGAGUUUUCGGUUAGUUUUUUGACAAGGAAUAACGGAAAAUUUGAAGGAAAAAACAAAAAGGGUCCCGUAUUCAUGAUUAAACCUUUUGAAACACUGCGAGCAAUGUCUCAAGUAACUAUUAUAGGAACUAUUUGACAUUUUCAUGUUUUUGUAUGAUUUAAAAUGAAAUAAACUAAAAAUGUGGCAUUACUCCUAUUCAUAUUGUGACAAUUUUGGGAGCAACCUUUUGCACAAUUCUAAACGAACGUUUUCCUCACAAUUCAGAGCCUUCAAAACAUGUAUGCAUUUAGAUCCUUGGAUAUGCAAGUACUGGAAAUGGGUCUGAAUCAUUUUGUAUAUGUCUAUAACUUAUGUCAAACAUUAAAAAAAAAUCAAUAGCAAACAUUUCAAGUCUUUUUGAGUCAUUUUGAUGAUGUAGCAUAUCCCCUGCCGGGCGAACUGUAGACGUCUGCUUUUGCAGCAGCAUUUGUCUUGAUAAUGAGGAGCUAAAUGAAACAAGUACUCUGGCCGAUUU